AUGCAGUGCGUCGGCAUGAGUCGCCGCUCACUCGUCGGCAUAUGGCGACUGUUCCCACGAACACUUGAUCGACCUUUCACCACAUCCUCUCCUCUCCUACGAUCGAAAAAGAGACAAAAGCAGAAUGAGCAUCCCAAAGGAGGAUCCGAGCGUCAAGGAUCUGACGCGAAGAAGAUCGCAAAAGCGCUGGGCUCCGUGAGAAAACCGCCAAGUAUCACAGAGCAACGAAAUUUCAGCCAGAUGGUGGAGGCAGCUCUAUUGGAUUGCAAAACCAGGCUUCGAGGCCUUGGAGAGCUGCCUUCGACAUGGGACCGAUUCGAGCGCCAGGUCAUCAAUGCUUGCCGUGUUACGGAUUCGAAUCGGCCUCAAAAGACGGGCCCGUUAACCAUCCUGAGAGCAGCGAUGCACAAGGCAUAUAUCACGGCAGGCGCACAGGGAUUACGGGAUGAAAUAGAAUAUAUGGUCUAUGCGGAAGAUCUCACAGACAAAUUCUCCGCUCCCAACCUCGAAGCGCAACAGAGACUGGCGGACCUCCGACAUCCCCCCCGAGUGGUAUCCUCGCGCUCGAGCGAUUCAACGAACAAUUCAUCUUCACGGAAAACAUAUCACGCGUUAAAACGGCUGGAGACAUCUAAGAAUGGGUUCUAUGCAGGACCAUUGAGGUUGCUUGCGCAGGAAGUUUAUCACCGCUUCAAGGACCAGGGGAUUCCUAGUAGUCUUGUGACCGGAGACGAGGUCAAGUCUCCGGAGGAUGGCCAGAUCCCCCACAUAGUGAGCAACACAGUGGAAAUGGUCAGCAUGGGGCAAGAAUUCGAAGUGGGAGUCAUCGAUGAGAUUCAAAUGAUUGCGGAUUCCAAGCGAGGCUGGGCUUGGACUCGAGCGGUUCUUGGAGCAAUCACCCAUGAGCUACAUCUAUGUGGUGAAGUCCGCGCAGUUCCUCUUAUUCGAGAGCUCUGUGCUCUCACGGGAGACAAAUUGGAAAUUCACCGUUAUGAACGGCUGAAUGGUCUCGAGGUCGCGCAAAAGAGUAUUCGAGGCGAUCUCAGUAAACUUGAGAAAGGGGAUUGUCUGGUGGUAUUCUCCCGAGUCGGCAUUCAUACCUUCAAACAAGAAAUCGAAAAAGCGACUGGACGAAGAGUUGCCAUCGUUUACGGUGGCCUUCCAGCGGAAAUUCGAACCCAGCAGGCGAACCUAUUUAACGAUCCAGACAACGACUAUGACUUUCUUGUGGCCAGUGAUGCCAUCGGUAUGGGAUUGAACUUGAGUAUCAAGCGUGUCAUUUUUGAGACUCUGAUCAAGAGGACCAAGCAGGGUUUAAAGCGACUCACCGUUUCCGACAUUCGACAGAUUGGUGGCCGGGCAGGCCGCUACCGUGCUGCUGGCAGUACGGAAACCGUCCAAGAUGCAGGCAUUGUCACUUCAUUCGACGAAGUUGAUCUUCCACAUAUCAAGGAAGCCAUGGAUACUGAGCCUCCACCUAUCCGCUCUGCAGGGAUAUGGCCGCCAAACUUUGUCAUUCACAAACUCGCGGCAUACUUCCCGCCAGGUACUCCCUUCGAGUAUAUCAUCAAACGGCUCCUUGAGCUCGUUCAAACAAAUCCUCUGUUCUUCAUAUGCGAGGGUGAAUCUCAGCUUGCCAACGCUGAAAUCAUUGAUUCAGUGUCACAAUUGAGUGUCACGGAUCAGUUGACCCUUAUGGCCGCGCCUAUGGACUCGAAAGGUAGCCUACGCGAUGUCUGCUGCAGCUUUGCCGACUGUGUCGCAGAGAACAGUCAAGGGCGGCUGCUCGAAAUCCCGGGGCUCAACCUGGAAAUCUUGCAGUCACCGGUAUCUGGAAACCGCAACUACCUGAGUGAACUAGAAGCUCUCCAUCAGUCGAUGAUUCUCUAUUCCUGGUUAAGUUUCCGCUUUGGUGGCGUGUUCACGGAUCGAACGCUUGCAGCGCAUGUCAAGGAAAUUACAGAGCAGAGAAUGAUUCGAGCUCUAACUGAGUUCUCUGCUAACAAAACCUUGCGUAGAAACACUGCUCUUCGUCGUGAAAUCGCCUUGCAGAAACAGCUUCUCUUGGAGAAACAAGCAAUGGCCCAGAGCGGUAUCGAGGUUCCUUCUGGAGAUGACGCGGUCGAAGAUGCUCCUUUGUCUGAGAUCGAAUGGCCAGAUGACGCCGAGGCGGCCGAGUCGGAAGCGCCUUUGGAAGGGUUUGAAAACAGCACGCAUGAUGAGGUUAUGUCGCACCCUCAGCCACAGACACCCGUAAUGUACAAUACAGUGUAA